AUGCCUCAAAAUUGGAUGACCCCAAUUAUCCAAUACCUCACCUACAAAAUCCUACCAAAUGAUCAAGCCUCGGCCAAGAAAGUAAGAAUGCAGGCAGCAAAGUACAUCCUCCUCGGCAACGAGCUGUAUAAGAGAGAAAUUUCAACACCCAUGUUGAAAUGUCUUGACGAGGAUCAGGCUAGCUAUGUCAUAAGGAAAAUUCACGAAGACAACGGGUUGCAGUUCACAGACUGCCGGUUUAAUGAAUUCUUGGAAGGGCUUCACAUCAAGCAUAGGGUUACAUCCGUUGAACAUCCUCAGACUAAUGUUCAAGCCGAGGCUGCCAACAAGGUCAUCUUACAUGAACUAAGAAGAAGAUUGGGAUCUGCAAAGGGAGAAUGGGUAAAAAGGUUGCCCGAGAUCUUAUGGGCGCAGUGUACGCCACAAACAGCUACAAAGGAGACACCCUUUCGGUUGACAUACGGUACUGAUGCCAUGGUGCCAGUUGAGAUUGGUGAGCCAUUGUUUCAGAGACAAAACUUCCAGGAAUCGACCAAUGAUGAAUCCCUAGCCGUCAACCUUGAUUUACUGGAGGAAGUACGCGGUCAAGCGGCAAUAGUGGCCGAGGCUAGUAAAAGAAUAAUGUCGAGGAAGUUCAAUUCUAAAAUUAAACCAAGAUAA